AAAAUUUGUCCUCCGGAGAUCGAUUCUCAAAAUCUCUUUCUGGUGCUGCUGCUCCUCCGGUCGCUCCUUCGCUUGCCGAUCCUCUUGAUCCUCCCUUCGCCUACCUCCUCUCAUCGACUCAGCAGUCGUCGAAUCCUCAGCUCCAUCCCCCGCGACCAUCAAAUCCAACCAUCUCCGGCGAUCCUCCUACUCAGCCAUCAUCGUCCAUCAACAAGAGGAACUCGAAACCCUUGGUUGAAAUCUAAAUGUUCACGAAUCCUGGAACUUUUUUCAAUGAUGUUUGGGCUGAAGAAGAUAUCCAUGUAGGAGAGAAAAAACAUGUACCAAUGGAAGAGGUUCGAGUUCUUCGAGGAGAAAUCUGGUGGUGGCAAGAUCUGUACAAUCCCAGCUGAGAUUACGGGAAAGAUUGAAUGUUGCUCGAGUGGGAGAGGUCGCAUCAUACUAGGCUGUAAUGAUGGUACCGUCAGCUUCUUGGAUCGAGCUUUCAAACUCACCUAUACCUUCCAAGCUCACACCUCUUCUGUUCUCUUUCUCCAGCACCUCAAGCAAAAGAAUUCUCUAGUGACCAUUGGAGAGGACGAGCAAGCCUCUCCCCAGCUAUCUCCUCUCUGCUUGAAGGUUUUUGACCUUGACAAGAUGCAACCAGAGGGGUCAAGCAUGACAAGUCCUGUUUGCAUCCAAAUUUUGCGGAUAUUCACCAACCAGUUUCCUGAAGCAAAGAUAACAUCAUUUUUAGUUCAUGAGGAUGCUCCUCCCAUAUUAUUGAUCUCUAUUGGUUUAGAAACGGGUUUUAUCUACUGCAUUAAAGGCGAUAUUGCACGUGAGCGUAUCACACGCUUCAGGCUCCAAGUGGAGGCUUCUUUGGAGAAUACUCUAUCUCCUAUUACAGGGCUAGGAUACCGAGUUGAAGGAAAAGCACUUCAACUUUUUGCCGUUUGUCCCACUUCUGUGAGCUUGUUCAACUUGCAUGAACAACCACCUAAGAGGCAGACUCUUGAUCAAAUUGGAUGCAAUCUCAAUGCUGUUGCUAUGAGUGAUCAUCUGGAACUUAUAAUUGGUCGCCCUGAGGCUGUUUAUUUUUAUGAAGUUGAUGGUCGAGGUCCUUGUUGGGCUUUUGAGGGAGAGAAGAGAUUCCUUGGUUGGUUUCGCGGAUAUUUAUUAUGUGUCAUUGCUGAUCCAAGGAGCAAUAAAAACACCUUCAAUGUUUAUGACCUGAAGAAUCGUUUGAUAGCCCACAGUAUGGUAAUUGGAGAGGUCUUACACAUGCUUUGCGAGUGGGGAAAUAUUAUUCUGAUUAUGAAUGACCGAAAGGUUUUGUGCUUGGGGGAAAAGGACAUGGAGAGUAAGUUGGAUAUGCUUUUCAAGAAGAAUUUGUAUCCUACUGCUGUCAAUCUUGUACAAAGUCAGCAAGCAGAUGCUGCAGCCACUGCUGAAGUUCUACGUAAAUAUGGGGAUCAUUUAUAUGGGCAACAAGAUUAUAAAGGAGCUAUGUCUCAGUAUAUCCACACCAUUGGUUAUUUAGAACCUUCAUAUGUUAUCCAAAAAUUUUUAGAUACACAGAGAAUAGAUAACCUCACCAAUUACCUAGAAGAAUUGCAUGAAAGAGGGCAGGCUUCCAAAGAUCACACGACUCUUCUUUUGAACUGUUAUACAAAAUUAAAACAUGUAGAAAAGCUAAAUAAGUUCAUGAAAGGUGAAGAUGAAGUCAGUGAACGCAAGUUUGAUGUGGAAACAGCUAUUAGAGUCUGCAGAACUGCUGGGUAUCAUGAGCAUGCGAUGUAUGUUGCAAAGAAAGCUGAGAAACAUGAAUGGUACCUGAAGAUUUUGCUUGAAGAUCUAGGUAGGUACCAAGAAGCACUGCAAUAUAUUUCGAGCCUGGAACCAAGCCAAGCUGGUGUCACCAUAAAAGACUAUGGUAAAAUACUUAUAGAACACAAGCCUACUGAAACCAUUGAGAUACUUAUGAAACUUUGCACUGAUACUAGAGAAUCAAACAGGACAACCUCAAAUGGCACUUACUUAUCCUUGCUACCUUCUCCAAUGGAUUUUAUCAAUAUUUUUGUACAUAGCUCUCAAUCUCUUAUGUUAUUUCUUGAAAAUUAUGUCACCCGGGUGAAAGAUUCACCUGCUCAGUUAGAAAUUCAUAAUACUCUUUUGGAGCUAUACCUAUCAAAUGACUUAAGCUUUCCAUCAAUUUCACAAGAAAAUGGUGUUGAUAGUCAUGAUGCUUAUGUUGAUAGCUCUAGAGAAGUGAAUAAUGGGUCAAUGAAAGAGAGCAAGAAAAAGUCAGGUGUUGAAAGUCAGGACAAUGAGAAACAAAGGAAUCGACAAGAAAGAUUUCAGAAAGGUUUGGCUUUGCUUAAUAGUGCAUGGACAUCUGAUAUGGAGCAUCCUUUAUAUGAUCUUGAUCUUGCCAUUAUUCUUUGUGAAAUGAAUGCAUUCAAAGAUGGGUUAUUGUUUCUUUAUGAGAAGAUGAAACUUUAUAAAGAAGUAAUUGCUUGCUACAUGCAAGCCCACGACCAUGAAGGAUUGAUACAAUGCUGCAAGAAGCUUGGAGAUUCUACUCAAGGGGGUGAUCCAUCACUUUUUGCUGAUCUGCUGAAGUACUUUGGUGAGCUUGGAGAAGAUUGUUCCAAAGAAGUGAAGGAGAUUUUGACUUACAUUGAAAGGGAUGAUGUAUUGCCUCCAAUAGUUGUUCUUCAGACACUAUCUAAGAACCCGUGCCUGACACUGUCAGUUGUAAAGGACUAUAUUGCUAGGAAGCUUGAACAAGAAUCUAAGCUGAUUGAAGACGACCGCAUGUCUAUUGAGAAAUACCAGGAAGACACAGCUUCAAUGAGGAAGGAAAUACACGAGCUCAAAAGCAACGCAAAGAUAUUCCAGCUGAGCAAGUGCACGGCGUGCACUUUCACUCUCGAUCUUCCUGCAGUGCAUUUCAUGUGCAUGCACUCGUUCCACCUCCGAUGCCUUGGUGACAACGAGAAAGAAUGUCCUGAAUGUGCACCUGAAUAUAGAUUGGUCUUAGAGACCAAAAGAAACCUUGAAGUUAAUGCAAAAGAGCAGGAUCAGUUUUUUAAGCAAGUGAAGAGUUCUAAAGAUGGGUUUUCUGUGAUUGCUGACUACUUUGGUAAGGGAAUUGUGAGUAAGACUAGUAUUGUCCCUGAAGAGAGCUUACAAACAGGAAGCAGCUGAGAGAUUGUAUGGUUUGCUUGUAGCAAUUAUUUUUGGGGUGUGUUUGGUUUUGUGAGCGCUUCCUUUGUAAUGAUUGACAAAAUGCUAUCUUCAAAUUUUAUUUUGUAAUUUAUAUUUUGUAAUCUCAGUUGCGCUGAUAGAGUCCUUUA